AUGCUACUCACUGAAAAAAGCCCCAACAUAUCUAUCAAAAUACCGAUAAAGAUCAAAUGGAACAAACCACCAAGAGGGCAGUUUAAGCUUAACAUCGAUGCUAGUUUCAAUAACCAUAACCAAAAAAGUGGCCUUGGAGGUGUAAUCAGAGAUACCUACGGGAAUUGGAUGGUUGGAUUUGCAAAAUCUACCCAGGCUAGUGGCUCACUACAAACAGAAAUGAAGGCACUAAUUGUGAGGCUCAAAACAGCACAAGAAUGGGGAAUGUUUCCGCUUGAAAUAGAGACGGACUCCAAGGAGGUUGUUCAUGCACCAACAGAAGGUAAUCCUCUAGCACACUUUCAGGCAAGGGAAUAUGAUAGGUCAUCGCUUG